AUGGCAACAUGAGCAAACUUAGGAUUACAAGAUAGAUCAUCUCCUUUAAUAGAACAAUUAAAUUUUUUUCAUGAUCACACAUUAUUAAUUUUAACAAUAAUCACUAUCUUAGUUGGUUAUAUUAUAGGAAUAUUAAUAUUUAAUAAAUUUACAAACCGAUAUUUAUUACAUGGACAAACUAUUGAAAUUAUUUGAACUGUAUUACCAGCCAUUAUUUUAAUAUUUAUUGCUUUCCCUUCUUUACGAUUAUUAUACUUAAUAGAUGAAAUUAAUACCCCUUCUAUUACUUUAAAAUCAAUUGGACAUCAAUGAUAUUGAAGAUAUGAAUAUUCAGAUUUUUUAAACUUAGAAUUUGAUUCUUAUAUAAUUCCUACUAAUGAAUUAGAUAUAAAUGGAUUUCGAUUAUUAGAUGUUGAUAAUCGAAUUAUUUUACCAAUAAAUAAUCAAAUUCGAAUUUUAGUCACAGCAACUGAUGUGUUACAUUCAUGAACUGUUCCUUCAUUAGGAGUAAAAGUAGAUGCCACUCCUGGUCGUUUAAAUCAAAUUAAUUUUUUAAUUAAUCGACCAGGAUUAUUUUUUGGUCAAUGUUCAGAAAUUUGUGGAGCAAAUCAUAGAUUUAUACCAAUUGUAAUUGAAAGAAUUCCAAUACAAUUUUUUAUUAAAUGAAUUAUUUCUAUAACUAAUU